GCCGGGCAGGCGGGCCAAUGGGGGGGCAGGGGGCGGGGCUUGCGGCUGGCCGUCGCCGCGACCCUCGGUGCGGUGCCGGUGCGGAGCGGCGGGUGCAGCGCCGAGCACCGGGGCCGGGGGCAGCGCCGAGCACUGCACCGAGAGACAGCGCCGUGCACCAGGCUCCUCCGCUGCCACCGCCAUGUGGACCUUCGCGCCGCUCUGGCUGGCUCUGGCCGCGGCCGUGGCCUCGCCGCCGUGUCCCGCCGGGCGCCCGUGUCCCCUGGCUCCGGUGAGGGCGGCGCCGGACGGCAAAGCCUACUUGGCCCCCCCAGCGCUCGGUGCCGUCCAGUGCCCCGACGGCGAGUCCGAGUGUCCCGACAACUCCACGUGCUGCGUGAUGCCCGCCGGCGCCUGGGGGUGCUGCCCCAUGCCCGAGGCCUCGUGCUGCGCGGACAAGCUGCACUGCUGCCCCCGUGCCACCAUCUGCGACCUGGCCCGCGGGCGCUGCCUGACGCCCAGCCGCCGCCCCGCGCCGGUGGCGCUGGGCCGGGUGCUCUGCCCCGACGGCCGCUCGGCGUGUCCGGACGGUGCGACCUGCUGCCAGCUGCCCUCGGCCCAGUACGGCUGCUGCCCGCUGCAAAACGCCGUGUGCUGCGGUGAUGGGCUGCACUGCUGCCCGCAGGGCACCGCCUGCGACCUGGAGCGCGCCAAGUGCACGUCGGCCCGCGGCCCCCCCCGGCCCCUCGCCCGCCUGCCCGUCGCCCUCGCCGCAGUUGGUGACGUCAGGUGCGACGACGAGACGAGCUGCCCCGACGGGAACACGUGCUGCCGCCUGGGCUCGGGCAAAUGGGGCUGCUGCCCCCUGGAGCAGGCCGUGUGCUGCCCCGACCACGUGCACUGCUGCCCCCAGGGCUACACGUGCGACCCCGAGGGGGGCAGCUGCCUGCAGGGGGGGGGCCGCGUGCCCUGGCGCGAGAAGAGGCCGGCGCUGGCGCGGGGCCGCGACGUCAGGUGCGACGACGAGACGAGCUGCCCCGACGGGAACACGUGCUGCCGCCUGGGCUCGGGCAAAUGGGGCUGCUGCCCCCUGGAGCAGGCCGUGUGCUGCCCCGACCACGUGCACUGCUGCCCCCAGGGCUACACGUGCGACCCCGAGGGGGGCAGCUGCCUGCAGGGGGGGGGCCGCGUGCCCUGGCGCGAGAAGAGGCCGGCGCUGGCGCGGGGCCGCGACGUCAGGUGCGACGACGAGACGAGCUGCCCCGACGGGAACACGUGCUGCCGCCUGGGCUCGGGCGAAUGGGGCUGCUGCCCCCUGGAGCAGGCCGUGUGCUGCUCCGACGGCUUCCACUGCUGCCCCCAGGGCUACACGUGCGACCCGGCGCAGGGCACCUGCCACAAGGCGCCGGUGACGGUGCCCUGGGCCACCAAGGUGCCCGCCGCCCGCCGGGGCCACGCCGUGCAGUGCAACGCCACGGCGAGCUGCGCCGACGGGCAGACCUGCUGCCGGAGCCUCAGCGGCGACUGGGCCUGCUGCCAGCUGCCCAGCGCCGUGUGCUGCAAGGACCGCCAGCACUGCUGCCCCCGGGGCUACACCUGCGACGUGGCGCGGCAGAGCUGCGAGAAGCGCCGGGCGCCGGGGGUCCCCGCCACCUCCCCGGCGCCUCUGCUUGGCGCCGGUGCCACCGCCACCGCCACCGCCACCGCCGUGCCCUGCGAUGCCACCCGCUCCUGCGACGCCGGCCAGCGCUGCUGCCCGGGCCCCGACGGCUCCUGGGGCUGCUGCCCCUACGCGCAGGGCUCCUGCUGCCCCGGCGGGCAGCACUGCUGCCCCCCCGGGUACCGCUGUGCCUCGGGCUCCUGCACCCAGCGCCGGCCCCCCCGCUGGGACCUGGCCCUCCCCCGCCGGGUGCUGCUGUGACGUUCCCCGGGUCGGGGACAGCCGCUGGCCUUGCACCCCCCGACGGGGGGGAUCCCCCCUGGGGGGGCCACCGUGCCAAUAAAAGAUUUCUAGGAA